AUGAACUCGCCCGAGCUAGAAUUGAACAUCUGCGAUGAGCUGACCAACGUUGGGAUUGUCAUGACAGCACCAGGGAUAAUCCAGAGGAGAGGCCUGGAGACCAUCGACUUGAAAGUGACCAUCACGGAUGUUCUCUUGGGAGGCUCCAAGCUCAACAUGUUCGACUCCAGAUCAUCGUCAUACGGCCCAACGCUCACCCCCCCUCGAGGCUGCUUUAGCUUGAGUGUCUCUGGUGUCAAGCUCACUAGGAUGAUACCGCCUCCGAGUACCAAGCCCAAGGACAAGAAUAGUGGCAUCCAUACCGAUGACCGAACCAGCUCUCCUGAUAGCACAGGGCCUACGAGCUGA